CGCCCCGCGCUCCAUUUGGCAAUAACAUCAUCCAUCUCGUCGACCCAAUCUUUGUUAUUCACCCCUGUCUCUCGAUCACUGUCCUGACUAACCCUAUUAAACGCGCCGUUCAAGGGCUAUAUGUCAUCGUCAGCUCCAGACCUCAUAUCAUAAUUGUCGCCCUUGACUCGAUGCGUACUAGUCACUUUAGCUGUGGAUUCGAAAUCUGCCCCAGCCUUUACAAGCGCUCUCAGAGCCUUGUCUCUCUCCCACCAAUAAGUCAUAUAUGUUAAGACAACUUCAACUGCCUCUAUUAUUAGCUGGCCCAGCUCUACCGAAAUCUUUCGAAUUUGUGGAAACUCAAUACCGUACGGACACCGGGACACACAAAUCCACUUGAACCAGCACUCCGUACAGUACCCUGCUCGUCUUACACUCACUCCUCCACAUGUCUAUCCACGUUUGUUUGUGCUCGAAAAGCUUUUCUUGACAGAACCCUUAUCCUUCUUCGUGAGCUUCUGAUACUGUCACCUCUGCUCAAAGUCAGCUCUUUGUGUCUUAUUCCCAGUGCCAGAGUCACAUUCCAGCCCGAGCAUCUACCCGUGGUUUGAUGACCUGCUUGUCAGUGGGCGUGGGAUCGGUCCCCUAGUCAGGCAGUCAAAGGGCACCAAGCUUAAAGCUCUUGGCCGGUUCCCGGGACCCACGAGCCCAAGCUCUCUCAUUGAACAACGAUUUGACGCCCCGUCAGGCUUGCAUCUUGCAUACGACAGGCUCUACUUCAGGGAACAGACGUUUUUGGCCUUCAACCUCAUCUCCAGGGGCUCAGCCGGCCAACUGCUUGACCAGUCCACUCUGAAGUCGGCCGUGUCCCCGCUGCUGUCGUUUUUCUGAUAUACGCCCCCUACGUGGAUCUGGAAUCAGUGACCAAUCCAAUAUCUUCCCUGCGGCAAAGGGCCCUGACAACUUUGCAUCGAUCAAUCUCUCCUCCCUGUCACAGGUGAAAGUGCCCCUCCGUUCCCCAACCGCGAUACAUGCAUUCCCUUAUUGUCAUUGAAGGCCCCUCUCGCAUUACCUUACAACUAUCUCGGACCUUUCCUGUCAGUGACCAAAGAACCAUCUUGCAAACCGUCGCGUGACACGAGAGCUAGUUUCAAGCUCCGUGUACGAGAUCUAUCAAAGUGUGACAGCAGAGUCACAACUAUUGAUCCUUCCCUUCACCUCGAGUUCUUCUUGGGCACCUCUGUAAGAAGCUUCUGGACCCCUUAAGGCACCGUCUUGGACCUUUUGCUGUCCUUCAGAUCUUGAAACGGAUUUGGGUUACUGGCCACCCGCGAUAGCGGUUCUAAUAUUCACUGUUUGUGAAGAAACACCCGUUGAAAACCCGUUCGAGACACCCCUGACCUUCUGCACAGUAUUAUUGAGACUGAGUUGUCAGUAGCUAAUCUUUGGCUACUCGCAUCUUUCUGCUCCAUCGGAGUAUCUCGAAGAACGACCCGCCCUCCUUGCUGUUUUAACAUCUCUACUCCAUAACUGAAGCAGCUCUAGCCAGUAAACAAACUUUUGGAAAGCAUGCGAAUCGCGACCUGUUGACUAGAUUAUUUCCUACUUCAGCACUACUGAAGCAUCGAGUCACUUAACAUCGCAUUAAUCGACUAAAUCACAAUGGGAGACUACUACCAUCACUUCCUGUCUUCAAUGUCCGGGGCAGGGAUGAAUCCCGCGACGUCACCAGAGGAGAUGCUCGACCCUCGAAUGCAUGGAGCACCGAUACCAAUGGUAUCUGCGCCGUUACCCGGUCCGUAUCAGCAACUUGGAUAUUUUACUGGGUUUCCAGAUCCCAUGAUGUUCAACCAGAACAAGUCGCAGAAAGCUCGUAGAAAGUCUGCGGCCGGUACCCCUGCAGCAGUUGACCAUGUCAAGCAUCGAAGAACACGAUCAGGCUGCUUCAUGUGCCGCAGUAGGAGAGUUAAGUGCGACGAAACCAGACCAAUAUGUGAACGUUGCAAGAAGGGAAACAGAGAAUGUGUCUACCCAGACCCCCCAUCGUCGAAAGGUUCCUCAGCUUCAAGCGGUAAAUCCAAAGAUACCGCACCUUCUGCUCAACAAACGAGUCCAACUUCGUCAAAAUCAGAGGACGACGAGGACACAGAGCAAGAGAGUAAACUAGAAAUGAUCGUGGACGAAGAUGAAGAUACUGAAGACCAAACAAAGUCUUCGGUACCCUCCAGGCAGUCAAAAAGCGUUUCGCCAUCGACCGCAACAGCAACACCAAGUAGCCUUGCAGCUGUCUAUUCUUCCUCCGAGUUUCCUAUACAGACGGGUGAAGCCGACUGGUCACAUCUACCACCAGAGUACCAGCAAGGCCUCUCCUUUUUUGUGGAAAACCUCAACCAUUUCAAUUAUUGUAUACCCCUGGACUCGGAUGGCUUUUUUACAAAGAUUCUUCCCAACAUGGCCACUCGCCACGAGCCCUUGCUCAACGCGCUCGUAGGCUUCUCUGCAUACCAUAUUACUCUUCGAAACCCACAGGGAAAGCUCCAGGACUUCUUACAAUAUUACAAUAAGAGUGUAACGCAACUCUUGGGCUUGUUUCAGAGACGAGAAAAGCCCAACGUUGCCACUCUUCUCACUAUUCUGCAGCUUGCCACCAUCGAGGAAUAUUUUGGCGACUGGGUUAAUCUAAUGGGACACCAAAAAGCAGCUUUCGAAAUAAUAACGAGUAUAUUCACCCCACAGACAGUGAUGCAGACGCCCGUUGGUCGCAUGUGCCUCAGCUGGUACGCCCGAUUCGAUAACUUCGUUGCCCUCAUGGGAGGAUUCCCUACCGAUCUGCCGCGCGAAUGGUUCCGAGCGAUGCUGGACUUUUAUCAAUCCGGGAUUACGUCGAACCCAGAUGAGUUACGUUGGAAGAUCGAUGCGUGGUCCGCACGACUUCGCCUGAUCUCUUACGACAUGUCGAUUUUGUUCGCCCGAGGCAGUAGAGGCCAGAUAUCCCCGGAGGACUUUAUGAAAGAGCAUGAACUCUUGAAUCAACAGCUCAUAGAGUGGAAGGAGAAACGCGACCCCGCCUUGCAGGAUCCCAAAUAUCUUAUCAAAGAUUUUCCUCCAGCAGAAACUCUCGAUCCGGACGACUUUGUCAAUCCCUAUACGGUUGGAAUACUUUACGAUUUCCCCCUGUUCGACGUCACAGUUCUAUGCGCAGAAUGGAACAGCAUCAUGAUAAUGCACAAAUGCCAAUCGUCAGGAAUGAGGCCGGACCAACUGUUCGCGGAUCUAAACCGCCAUGCAUAUAGGACAUGCCAAUAUUUCGAAACAUUGGAGUUCUGGCCUUCAACUCCCAGAGGCGUUUUGGUUCUGAUACAAGCAUGUAUUGCUAUUGCAGCUCUUUUCUGCCCUCAGGAUGCGAGGCAUCACAUGUGGUUCCGUCGGAAGUUUGCUUUACUAGAGACUAUGGGGUAUAUUCAUCCUCUUCCGCUACGUACCAAAAUGGCAGAGUUAUUCCGAGAACCCGAUUGCAUAAACUGGUGGCUGCCAAAUGAAGAAGGAUUCAGCCCAGUAUUACAGGAAAUCCGUAAUUUUGCGGAUGAACGGAACGCUGCAGCUGUCACAGCCCAACAAGAGAGUGUUCGUGAGGUUCGACAUAUUUUUGCCAAGAUGUCAUUGAUGGACGAUGCAAAUGCCCCGUCAAGCUCUAGUCCAGACUCUGCUUCAGGGCCCAGUAUUGAUUCACCCAGUGUGAAGCGAUGAUGUAUCCAGGGGCUGUGACUUAUCCCGGACCACACAAGUGGACAGAAAUCGCAACACAAACUCCUCGUUAUUUAGAUUACCUCCCUAACUUUUCUUCUACCGUUCACCUCGCCUUUGUGGGCAGAUGUUCGAGUUGGUUGUUUCUCCAGCUGGCCAAGAUUUCGAGGCAGGCAACCAGUUACGAUACUCCUUUUCCUAGGCCAGAGAAGGAAACUGUGGUUUGUUUGGGGGUUACACAAGCAGGAAUAGACUAAGGAGCCAUUACUCGAGGUAUGGUAGAUAAAACGCAUUUAUAGCCACGGUCCUGGCAUGUGGAGGAGUUAUUGGAAGAUUGUGUGUUUCAGCAGGCAUUUUGACGGUGAUAGUACAACCGUCAGUUUGGUUAUGUAUUGUCUAAUGAGGAUGAUUGGGUGGUCAAUUGUGUUAUUAUACAGUGGGCAGGUAACUCUACCAUGCUAUACUACCAUAUCCUGAAAGACAAGAUAUGGAAUCAAAUGGAUAUCGCCUUGAUCCGUCUAUUACUUCUCGC